UAUCCAUAUUUCUGUCAUUAUUUUGUGUUCAUGAGAAAGAGCUGAAAGUCGGUUAACUUUAUGACAUUUCUCAAGCAACUAAUCCCUGACGGUGACGGUUGGAAAUUUUGGGUAUGACUUCUAUUAUAAGGAUUACAAAAUAUUAGCACCCCUCCCCUCUUUCCAUAAAUUUUGUCUGAAAUAAUUUGCUAGAAAUAACCGACAGUUCCUUGUUCAUUCCUUAGCUAGAAGAAGACAGUGUUAGAUGUUAGAAGUUUCAAGAUGGAAACAGCUCUAUGGGUAUCUUCUGGGCUGGUACGCAGCUCAGUAAGUAUCGUGAAGUUUUUUGUGCCAAAAAUGAUUUAUGGUUCGGCUAGAGCAGCACGUUAUUUCAUCCCUACAAGAAUUACUAACUUGAUGUCGAAAUGUGUAGAAUUUGUCGAAAUUGUCACCUCCUUUAAGACAAUUUUGGAACAAGUCGAUGCUCUUGAACAACAAAUCAAUGUGCUCAAACAAACUUCUAUUGAUAAUAAGGAGGAAUAUGAGAAAGCCAGAAUGAUAAAUAUAAGUUUGAAUUCAAAAAUUUCUUCGUUGGAAUACCAGAUCGAAGAUUUGGAAAAGAAACACGAAGAACGUGUGCUGCAAGAACAUAUUAAAACCAAGGAAAUAAUUGAGAAACUCAAGUGUGAACAGCAAACGUCAUUGAAAGAAGCUGAUAGCAGGAUAUUCUACUAUAAACAAAGGAAUGCCGAACAUCAAAAGGAACUUAGCAUGCAGAAAAGGAUCAUCGAAAAGAUGAAAGAAGAUCGAGAAAAAAUAUUAAAAGAAGUGGAAGAACUCAACAUUAUGUUGUUCCAUACAUGUACUAACGCCCGAAAAAAUGAGGAACAGCUUGAAAGAGUUUCUAAAGAAAAUGAACAGAAAACACAAAUGAUCGAACAAAUGCAGACAGAAAUAGAAAUCUUAAAAAUAACAAAUGACGAAGAAAUCCAACGAGCAUAUUUGGAAUUAUGUUGUUUGAAAGAGAAGAAUUUCCUCUUGGAAGAAUCUAACGAGGAUCUACAAACAAGCCUAUCAUCACUUUACAGUAGGGCCAGCUUUGAUCAGCCACUAGAAGAAGAAAGGCUAUUGACAGGAGUCGCGCAUUGUGGCGCUGGUUUGGCAAGAAACUUUUUUAGUUCAUCGCCAAAAUUAUGUUGA